AAGGUGAGUCAAGCCCGGGAAGGCCCGUCCGCUAAUGGCGGUUGAUCUCCGUAACAUAAACAUCUCUCGUCCCGCUUUUGAUCUUAUCGCUUGAUUUCUAUUGAAACUGUCUUCUCUUUCGUGGACGCCAAGAAAAAGCAAAGCAAAGGUUGAAGGUAGAUUGGGUUUUUGUGCGCGAUUUAAUAGCCAGCCAUGGGAAACCUCUGCUUUGGGUGCGUGGACCAAGCCAGCAUAGGGGUGGUUGAGAAAUGGGGGCGUUUCCACCGCCUGGCCGAGCCAGGCUUCCAAUUCUACAAUCCGUUCGCCGGGGAGUGGCUUGCCGGAGUUCUGUCAACAAGGAUAAACUCUCUCGAUGUCAAAAUCGAGACCAAAACUAAGGAUAACGUGUUUGUUCAAAUGCAUUGUACGAUUCAAUAUAGAGUGAUCAAGCAAAAUGCAGAUGAUGCCUUUUAUGAAUUACAAAAUCCACAAGAGCAGAUUCAAUCUUACGUGUUUGAUGUGGUCCGAGCUCAUGUUCCAAGAAUGACUUUGGAUGAGCUAUUUGAACAAAAGGGUGAUGUGGCUCAGGCUGUAUUGGAGGAACUUGAGAAGGUGAUGGGAGCAUACGGGUACAACAUUGAGCACAUAUUGAUGGUUGAUAUUGUUCCAGAUCCCGCUGUCCGGAAAGCAAUGAAUGAGAUAAAUGCUGCGCAAAGAAUGCAGCUUGCCAGCGUAUACAAAGGCGAGGCAGACAAGAUCCUCCAGGUCAAGAAAGCCGAAGCAGAUGCAGAAGCCAAGUAUCUCGGCGGAGUCGGGGUCGCGCGACAGAGGCAGGCCAUAACCGAUGGCCUUCGGGAGAAUAUUCUCGACUUCUCCCACAAGGUCGAAGGCACCUCUGCAAAGGAGGUUAUGGACCUUAUAAUGAUCACCCAAUAUUUCGACACGAUCAAAGACCUUGGAAAUAGCUCCAAGAAUACUACAGUGUUCAUACCCCAUGGCCCCGGCCACGUGCGCGACAUUGGAGAUCAGAUUCGCAACGGGCUGAUGGAGGCGUCGUCUGCGCAGGUCAAUCUGUGAGUAACUAAUUUACCUGAUUUCUGUGAAUAUAUAUGUGUGCAAUAAUCGUGCCGUGAAACUUAUUGAAACUUUAUAUCGCGACGUGCCGAGGCAUCGAUUUAUCGAUAUAUCGAUGAAUGAGUUGUUUUUUUUAGCAAUGUCUUCUUCUGUAGUAACUGAGCCUUCUCUCCCCCUCUGUUCAUGGUACACUUGCAGUUGAUAGUUCUUUAUAGCAAUGAACCUUUUAAUCAUA